AUGAAGGACGUCAACCAGAAGAAAAAUCGCAAACAGAAAGGAGAGUAUGCAAAGUCGUCAGCGUCCGUAACACUUUCCUCAGUCCAUAAGGGGACAAAACAUAAGUGUGUGCCUGGUAUGAAGGGCCAGAAAGAGUUGAAAGUCAAUGGUCAACGCUCCACCAAACGUACGUCAUCGAAUGGACAUCAAGUGCGUAAUCAGAAAGCCGGAGUGGAUCGUCGUGGCGAUCGUGAUGGCCGGAAAUCGAGCAACAGUGAAAUUUGGUUCGACGGAGUUUCACCUUCCCUAAUCGCAGCAUCCCGCGGAGAUCAAGCAGCCACCACGAAUUCAUUGGUGAAGCCUUCUUCUUUCACUGGCCCAACCCGUAGAAUAGCCAUCGACUGCGAGUUCGUUGGCGUCGGCUAUCAGGGGAAGGAUAACGCGCUGGCACGUGUUUCUAUAGUGAAUCAAUUCGGUCAUGUUCUGCUGGAUACAUUUGUGCGUCCGUUGGAACGGGUUACCGACUAUCGUACCGAGUUUUCCGGUGUACGACCGGGCGAUUUGAGACCGGAUGGCCCAGCACGACCCUUUCGAGCUGUACAUCGAGAAGUUGCCAAAUUGUGCAAAGGUCGCAUCCUUGUUGGACAUUCGAUCAGGAAUGAUCUUAAAGUCCUCAUGUUGUCCCACCCCCGGCGACACAUUCGGGACACUUCACGUUACCGUCCAUUUCGUGCCUUGUUUUCUGGCCGAACGCCAUCCUUACGUGCAUUAACCGAAAAGGUAUUGGGUGUUCAAGUCCAGGUUGGAGAACACGAUUCGGUCGAAGAUGCCCGUGCUGCGAUGCGGCUUUAUACUUCGGUCAAACGGAUGUGGGAGUCCAAGAGGAAGGGACCUCUUCCUGUAGUGACGGACUCAGCGGAACUGAAUAAAUCGCAGAAAGAGUUGCACUCUCAUUCUGAAAUGGUCGCUAAAAGAACAGAAAUCUUGUCUGAAUACGAAUCUGGUUUGGAUCCGGUCACCAGUUCCGACACUAAUACCACCAAGUCUGUAUCACAGCGUGCGCGUUACUCUUCGGGCAGAUCGAAAGCCAAGCCCUGGGACAAUGUACGAAAUCGCCGAUGCUCCAAGAAUCGUGAAAGGUUUUUACAGAAACGACGCGGUCGCUCUAAAGCUUCACGAACAUCUGGAUUCCAAUCAGCUGCUUUAUGAAUCUAUAUCUUGCUACACCCCUGUAUCUUCCUUCCAGAUGUACAGUUUCCUAUUGGGCCAACUAAACGGUUAUG